AUGAUGAAGGUUGAUAUCAAAGAUAGGGAUACAUUAUACCGUCUUAUCAUAGAACAAUUAUUAUAUGAUGGUUAUCAGCAAGUAGCAAAUAAUUUGUUUCAAACAAUUGGUAAUACUGGAAAAUUGCCUCCUCCAUGUAACAAACUUUUUAAAGUUGUUCAACAUUCAUUACAUGAUGGAGAAUUAAACGAUGAGGUAAAUUUCGAUGAAGAAAUGGAAGAUGAUGAAUAUUACCAAGGGUAUCCAGGACUUGAUUUAGAAUAUGAUGCUGAUGUUCCAGUUAGUAGUCCAGAACCAUCACUAUAUGAAACAAUAUUUUUAACAACUCAUAAGGGACCUAGCCGUGCUGUUGCUUUUAGUGAAGAUGGAAAAUUAGCUGCAACUGGAUCUCAAGACUGUACUAUUAAAAUUAUUGACAUUGAAAAAGUUGUAAUGAAAGAGUCAGGGAAUUCUGAAUUUGAUGCAAAUCCUGUCAUUAGAACAUUAUAUGAUCAUUCUGAUGAAGUAACUUGUUUAGCUUUUCAUCCAAAACAACAAUUACUUGUUUCUGGUUCAAGUGACAAAACAUUAAAAUUUUUUGAUUAUGCUAAAAGUGCCGUUAGGCGAGCUAUGAGAUCAAUCACUGAAGUUGAAAGAUUAAAUGCUAUAUCCUUCCAUCCAUCAGGUGAUUAUAUUGCAGUUGGAACAGAAAAUAAAGUACUAAGAUUAUAUUCAACAGAAACACAACAAUGUUGGGUUUCAUUACAACCGUUAGAUCAACAUAUUGCAGCUAUUAAAACAAUAGAUUAUACUUGUACGGGAAAUUUACUUGCAUCUGGGUCAUCUGAUGGUGACAUUAAAAUAUGGGAUGGUGUUUCAGGAAGAUGUAUUGAAACUUUUCAAAAAGCACAUGAUGGUGAUGAAAUUUGUAGUGUUCAAUUUACUAAAAAUGGUAAAUAUAUCUUGUCUUCUGGUUUUGAUUCAGUGGUAAAACUUUGGGAACUAUCAACAAAUCGUUGUUUAAAUGUUUAUCAUGCUCCUGGUUUUAGUAGUCAAAGGCUUUCUGUUAAUGCUGAAUUCAAUCAUACAGAAGAUUUUAUUCUGUUUCCAGAUGAAAAGUCGUGUAAUUUAAAUUCGUGGGAUUCCAGAACAACUGAGAAGAAAAAAUUUUUACCUCUUGGUCAUACAGCUCCUGUAAGAAAAAUGAAGCAUGCUCCAAAUAUGGCUAUGCUUAUUACAUGUAGUGACGAUUCUAGGGUACGUUUCUGGUACAAAAAAUACAAAACGAAACAAUAUAACCAAGAACAUAUCUAA